GAGAGCAGAGGAGAGGAAGGAAUCCAGGCCUUUUCACCCUCUGAGUUACCUGUUCCUGGUUCCCUGAGAACUGGCGGACUGGGCUGGAAUCUGAGGAAAACCAGGAGGUCACAGAGUUGAAUCCUCCAUCCCAACAAGUCCACUAGCUCUUGGCAGUGAUAUCCAGGGGCUGUGUAGACACACUGGACAACCCAGGGAGGCAAAGUGCAGCUGUGUCCCUGUCACAAGACUGAGUAGAUAUGAAAUGCCCUCUGCUCCUGCCCCUUCUCCUGCUGGGGACAGUUGCUGCUCUUCAUCUGGAGAAUGAUGACCCCAAUUUGGACAUCCGAAAGACACAGGCAGACCUGAUCCAGGAUGUAGAAGGUUCAGGGGUGCAGGAGGGAGAUUUGGCCCUGACAGAGGAGUUGAUUCAGUCAGAAGGAGAGGAGGCUGAGGCUUCCACCAAUCAAGACACCUUUGAGGAUGAACAGGCCAUGGAGUUGCACCCAGCUGCCCUAGGUGAAGACUUGCAGUGCCCCAGGGAAGAGGACACAGUUCAAUUGUCUGGUCAUCCUGGGUGCAAGGCCCGCAGCUACUUCUUGGUGCGAACUCCUAUGACGUUUAGUGACGCUGAGAAUGUCUGCAGGAGGAGCUACCGAGGCCACCUUGUCUCCAUACACCGCAACAUCUUAUACUAUCUCCUCCAGCGCUUGCUCAGGGGUAUCGACGAAGGUGCGGUCUGGAUUGGAGGCUUCACGAUGGGCUUGUUGUGGCGCAGGAGAUUUCACUGGACUGAUGGGAGCUCCUGGGAUUAUGAAAACUGGGCCCCAGGGGAGCCUGGAAAUGGGAGAGGUGGCUGUGUUGCUCUAAGCAGCAGAGAUGGUCGCUGGCGACUAGCCCCUUGUAGCAGGCGUCUGCCCUUCAUCUGCUCCUUCUAAGCCGGUGACACGGAGACCCUGCCUUGAAGCCUCCUCCCUUCACAGCUUCCCGUCUGACCCCUGGACACUGGGCUUGUCCCCUUGUCCCUCCUGGCAAUAAAAUCAGACUUGCCACAGCA